AUUGAAGAUCCAGGUUGCUUCUGGGUUAUUAUAAAAGGCUAUAGUCCAUUUUUAGAUCAUGAAGUUGACUAUAAAAAACUAAAUAGUGCCAUGAAUGACUUCUAUAACAACAUGUGUCAAGAUGUAGAAAUAAAACCAUUGAUGCUGGAAGAAGGGCAGGUUUGUGUGGUUUACUGCCAGGAGCUAAAGUGCUGGUGCAGGGCAGUCAUUAAGUCCAUCGUGUCUUCAGCUGACCAAUACUUAGCAGAGUGUUUCCUUGUGGAUUUCGCCAAGUACAUUCCAGUAAAAUCUAAAAACAUCCGGGUUGCAGUAGAGACUUUUAUGCAGCUUCCCUUUAGAGCAAAAAAAUUUGGACUGUUCUGCACAAAACCAGUUACAUUACAUAUUGACUUCUGUGAAGACAGUGCUGAAAUUGUGCCUGCCAAGAAGUGGGACAAUGCUGCUGUUCAGUACUUUCAGAAUAUUAUAAAAGCUACUACUCAUGUGGAAGCCAAAUUGUGUGCUGUGGAAAAAGAUAUUUUUGAAGUUUACCUUUAUGUAACUAUAAAAAAUGAGAAGGUUUGUGUUAAUGAUGAUCUAGUUGCAAAGAAUUUCGCACGUUAUGUGUCACCCGUGGAGAAUAAAAUCCUUAAUUCUUUAGAGAAACCAAAAUUGAAUAUGAGGAAUGUAAAGUCAGCAUCCUUCUGCAGUAAACUCAAUCCUGCACUUACUCUUUGGCCAAUGUUCUUGCAAGGAAAAGAUACUCAGGGGAUAAAAAAUCAAGCUGUAAAAUGCAGUCUGGAUUCAUUAACAGAGUCACCUAACAAGAGAACUAGAGAGAAACAGCAGUACAUCUCUUUGAAAGACAUGAGUAAGCAUUCUGAAUCAUCUGUAUAUUGGCCAUCAAAAAGAGGCAUAACUAUUUAUGCUGCUCAAGAUACACCAGCACCAAGUGUUUUAUGUCAAAAACCAGAUGAGAAACCACUGAGAUUGGCUGAGAAGAAAGAACAUGAUGGGAAGAAUAGCUGUGUGAAGUUACUGCAGUUUUUAAACCCUGAUCCUUUGAGAGCUGAUGGAAUCUCUGAUCUACAGCAGUUACAGAAGUUGAAAAUGGGUAUACAGCAGCCCUUUGUAGUGCUCCGAAACAAGAUUGAGCCAUGCUUAACUAUGGAGAUGGCACCACUUUCACCAGAUAUGAAAAAGGCUCUUCAAAGAAAUAAGUUCCUGGGACCUAGCCAUACUGAGUCCUACUCUUGGCCUCCCAUCGCUCGCUGCUCCGAUGUGGUGGUUAUUUCCAGUUGUGGGAACAACCCAUUGCUGUACAUCCCACCACUGCUUACAGUUUUGCAAACGGAGGUCUGCUAUAAGUCAUUGCCAAGUAGGAACGGACCUCUUGCAGUAAUCGUGUGCCCUGGAUGGAAAAAGGCCCAAUUUAUUUUUGAGUUAUUGGGAGACUACAGCAUGUCCUCCAGGCCUCUUCAUCCUAUGCUCUUAGCAACUGGACUCCACAAAGAUGAAGCCAAAAACAUGAAGCUUCCCAGAGGCUGUGAUGUGAUUGUUACAACACCUCAUAGUCUUAUGAGACUUUUUAAAUAUCAAAGUUUAUUAUUUAUUAGACUUUGCCACCUGAUUUUGGAUGAAGUAGAAGUAUUGUUCUAUGAAGCUUAUGAAGAAAUGUUUGCUAUAUUAGAUAACUUUAAAAAAAAUACAGAGGUUGAAGAGAGGGAAUCAGUACCACAUCAGAUUGUCGCGGUUGGAGUUCACUGGAACAAACAUAUAGAGCAUUUAAUCAGAGAAUUCAUGUAUGAUCCCUACAUUGUGAUCACAGCUAUGGAAGAGGCUGCUCUCUAUGGCAGUGUCCAGCAGGUAGUACAUCUUUGCCUAGAAAGUGAGAAAACCUCUACCUUGCUGCAAACACUGGACUUCAUCCCAAAUCAGGCACAAAAGACCUUGAUCUUCACCUGUUCUGUAGCUGAAACAGAAAUGGUGUAUAAGGGCUCUCCUGCAGAACAGAGAGAUAAUAAAACCAAAUCAAUUUUGCUGCUGACGGAGAGAAAUGCAUGUCAUGCAGUUGGUGUCCUGCGCUACUUAGAACGAGCAGAUGCUAAAAUCCCCUCAGAGCUGUACCAGUUUACUGAAGGAGUUCUGGAGGCCAAAGAAGAUAAAAAAGCCAGAAGACCUCUUUGUCCAUAUCUUAAGGCAUUUGGUUUUUGCAAAAACAAAAGAGUCUGUCCUGAUCGACACUAUAUUAAUCCAGAAAUGGACAUGCCAAGGAAAUUAUCUAACCAAGCUCUGCCAAUGUCUGGAUACAUUAAAAUGAUACCUUUUUACAUUUCAAAUGCAACCAAUUACUUUGGACGGAUAAUUGAUAAAGAGGAGGCUCUUUAUGAAACUCUUAAUGCAGAAAUGACUGAAUAUUUUAAGAAUUCCAGUAAUAAAACAGUUGUAGAAAAGGUGGAGAAAUUUGGAUUAUAUGGAUUAGCAGAAAACACACUUUUUUACAGGGUUCAGGUCAUAGAGAUGAGCCAGAAAGAGGACACUUGGGCCCUGGCUAAUGUCCUUGUAAAGUUCAUAGAUGAAGGCAGGAUGGGGCUUGUCACAAGAGCCCAACUGCUUCAUCUCCCAGAAAGUUUCCACACUCUUCCCCCACAAGCUGUGGAGUUUAUCGUCUGUAGAGUAAAACCUGCUGACAAUGAAAUUGAAUGGAAUCCAAAGGUUACUAGGUAUAUUCAUAAUAAAAUUAUUGGAAAGUUGCAUGAUGCCAAAGUGAUAAUGGUGUUGGGAAAUACCAUUUGGAUUGAUCCAAUGGUGCACAUUACAAAACUUUCAAGUUUGAGAACUUCUGUCAUUGAUUACAAUAUUAGAGCUGAGAUUUUGUCCAUGGGAAUGGGCAUUGAUAAUUCAGAACAUAUAGAACAACUGAAAAAAACUUGCAAAGGAGCGAAAAUGCCAACUUUUGAAGAUUUGCCUCUUCUGUCUAGGAAACCUUCUUCAGCAGAAGAUGCUCCUGGUCUGCAGAGCUCGGAGAAAGAGGACGAGGGUUCACAAAGAGGCAGUUAUUCUAAGACAAACUCAGAAGACCAAAAGCAUGGUCAGUAUAGUUUCCACCCACAGGUAAAAUGGUUUCAAAAGGACGAUGCAAUCAUCUUAAAGAUAAAACUAAGAAAUAUAAAAUAUUACAGAUGUAAAUACUUUAGAGAUAGAGUCAUUUUCAGUGCCUGGGUGGGAGACAAAUUUUACUUGGCUGACCUGGAACUUCAGGGCAACAUAAUAAAGGAUGACUGUAAAUGCACAGUUGAAAAUGAUGAGCCUCUGCUCACUCUUGCAAAGGAGAAGAGGGAAUCUUGGUGUAACUUACUCAAACAGAAGAAUCCAAACGUGGCUUUUGAUUUUGAUCACUGGGAAGACUGUGAAGAGGAAAACCACUUCUCCAAAGUUGUCAGUUCUAAAAGUCUGUCCUAUAAAGUGGCAGAAGUAGAUGAAUACAGUGACACCACUUCAGAGGAUGAUGAAAGUGACAGUGAAUAA